ACUAGGUCCGGUCUAUAGGCUAAGGCUACACGGCUAGGCGCCAGGCGGCAGGCGCAGACCAAUCAAUUUUGUCUGCUAUCGUUAUUGAAAAUCUCUUCAAGUGGUUAUUUAAUUAAAUUUGACAAUACGUGUUCUACUUAUCAGUAUAAUUUUAAUAGUUAACUUAUUAAAUGUAUAGAAAAUAUUACAGGAUUUUAAAAUUUUAACUAAUAAUUGCAGAAAUAACAAAUCAAAAUGGGAACUUCAGAACAGGUUCAGGAACUAAAGGAACAGGGUAACAAAUGUAUGAAGGAAGGCAAAGCCAUGGAAGCUGUCUUCCACUACUCUCAUGCCAUCAAAUUAGACCCCAAGAACUAUUCUCUUUAUAGCAACAGGUCCCUGGCCUUUCUCAAGUCUCAGCAGUAUUACUAUGCUUUGGAAGAUGCCAAAGAGACUAUUAGGCUUAAACCUGACUGGCCUAAGGGAUAUUUCCGUAAGGGUGAAGUUGAAGCAGCUACGUAUAACUACACUGAUGCAGUGUUAUCGUAUACACUUGCACUGCGACUUCUACCAGAAGAUCCAACACUGGCAGCUGCUCUGGAGCGAACAACUCGUGAGAGAGCUCGUAAUAUGAAAGCGGAUGCUCAGAUUCCAUGGCUUGGUGCUGGGGUGGGACUGAUUCUCGGGGUGAUGAUUGUCAUAGCUGACCACGUAGUGGCGGACAAACCUAUGCUUUCACACCCAGUGUUGAUGGCCCUGAUCACCAUCACGAUUGCGAUGGUGGGCUACUGUGUGGCCAGAGGCUACAGGUACUACAUGUCCUGUCAGCAACAAGGGUUGCUGGACCCUCCUAUCGACUUGUUCCCAGAUGAGGAGCAGGAAGAGGGAGACCCAGAGACCAAUAACAGCAGCAGUGGUUCCAAGUCGACUGGGAAUCACCAACGGUAUACAAAGGCUCAGGCCAGGUUCCGCUUCAAGAAGGGGAAGAAAAGCUAAACAACCUUCUCCUCUUGUGUUUCCUGACCUGGUUACCAGAUUCUCACAUUGAGAUUCCAAGCACUGAGCCCCGGCUGCCACCCUUUUGGGAACAUUUUGUACAUUAUAUACAUCUCAUAAUUGUGUUGUUUCUAUUUUAUAUAGUCAUUAUAUAUAUACAUCAUAAUUAUUAUGUAUACCAAAUUUUACUGAUUCUUUUUUCCCUUCUUGUCCACCACAUGGACCAUAUGGUCCUAAUUUCGCCUCAAUAAAUAUGUGUUUCUUUCUU